AUGCCACGCGCUUCUUGCGGGUAUGAUUUCUAUCACCUUCCCCUGUCGGCCCCGUGCAAUCAUCGUCUGUGGGCCAAAGCGCUCGGUCUACAUUUGAACCUAAAGGAGGUCGACCUGUUGAAAGGCGAACACCUGAAACCGGAGUUCCUGAAGGUAAACCCACAACACACCGUCCCGACGCUGGUCGAUAAAGACUUUGUGCUUGGGAAUCGAGGAGCGAUCCUGACGUACCUGUGCGAAAAGUACG